UCCCCUCACUCUUUCUCCCUUUUUUUGCUUCCUUCACUUCAUAUUUGUCUUUGCUCCUUUGACUAAGCCUAAAAGGCAAAACAAAUCAACCCCAUUCUCUCUCUCUCUCUCUCUCUCUCUCUCUCUCACACACAGAACCCGGCAAGCAAAGCUCAGCGCUCACUUCAACCAGAGAAGGAGGAGAGGAAUGGAGGAGAGCAGCGAGGGGAGGAACCGGGGGACGCCGUUGGCGUGCGCAGCGUGCAAGCUGCUGCGAAGGAGGUGCAUGCAGGACUGCCUGUUUGCCCCGUACUUCCCAGCCAGCGAGCCCCACAAGUUCACCAACGUCCACAAGGUUUUCGGCGCCAGCAAUGUCAACAAGAUGUUACAGGACCUACCAGAAGACCAGCGAGCAAACACCGUGAGUAGCCUGGUCUACGAAGCCAACGCCCGAGUACGGGACCCGGUCAAUGGCUGCGUCGGGGAGAUAACGGCUCUCCAGAGCCAGCUCGCCGACAAGAUUGCUGAGGUGGAGCGCCUUCAAGUCUUGCUGGAGGCGGAGAAGUCUAAUCGCAGCCCCAGCUCGUAAGCCCAGAGCAACAGCGGGAUGCCCCCCUAGCGUGUCAUGGUCUCCCAGAGCAAAUCCAUUUCUCAUCCUGAGAAAUGUUAUAUAUUUCGACUUAGAGUGUCUACCUUAUGUGACACCCUAGAUUUUCUGUAUCCAAUAAUAAUACUUGGGCUGUGAUGUUGGACUUGACGAGGUCCACCCCAUUUACAUGACUUAUCAGGUCUAUUAUCUAAUAUUUGAUAUAGGCCCAAUUUAGUUAAAUAUAUUAUGAGCAAUAUAAUGUGACAUCUAAUUGGGCAUGUAGAAUCUAUAUCUUAAACCUUGAUGGAAGGUUGAGAU